GCCCGAUAUACUUGAGCAGUUUGGAUUUCCCCAUAUCCCUGCACCGCAAUUUUCUGGCCGGUCAUACCUUUUUUUCUUGGUCUCUGCUGGCUCAAACCCCUCGGGGAUAACACAUUGUCCAGAUGAAAAGGCUGCAGCUCCUUCGAUGGAGCAGUUCGGUCCUUUCACCACGGGCACGAACCAACGGCCGCUUGCCCCAGCGUCUAUGUGCUAGUUUACGAUAUCAGUCGACAUCUUCACCUGUUCUUCAAGCGGAUGAACACCAGUUGAUUGAAGAGCAACCUUUGCAUUCGCCAAUUCCUCCCUCCAACUCACGACAGUCGAGAUACCUCCUCCCUUCCCCCCGGUUGAAGCCGCACGCGACACGCGCGCUGGUGGACGCUUCAGCGGAUCCGAAUCCAGACUUCAACAAUGAGUCGUUGGCUACGUUGGGCCAUGACCUCCUCACGAACUACACCUCCGAACAUCUCGUAUGCACGUAUCCUCGACUUCCUCUGACCGUAAUCUUUGCGGCCAUGUACGCCUAUGUCGGCCCGAAAACGCUUUCCGCAAUGGCUAGGGAAUGGGGUGUCGAAAUGGCUGUCGCCCCUGGAGGAGAGGUUGACCCUGGCCUUCUGCAGUUCAAGAGGGUCUCUCCCGGCACGGAUCUUAAUGCAGAACCAGUUACAGGUACAGCAAGGCCCAACGACCAUCGGAGGUCAUGGAGGAAGUCGAUUACGUCCAGAGUGGUCUACGAUAACGAAUUCGGUGAUCCGGUCAAGGAAGUCGCCGACGCAGCGGCCCAGGCUGUCGCUGAAUCCCACAAUGCUCAAGGCGUCACGGCCGAACAAGCCAGUGCUACCUUCGUGCGCGCCGUCAUGGGCGCCAUCUAUCUGCAUGCUGGCCGCCCUGCUGCCAAGCGUUUCUUCGAGCAGCAUAUCCUGUCACGACACCUCAACAUCUCCGAGUUGUUCAAUUUCUCCCAACCGGCUCGUGACCUCACCCGGUUGUGCGCGCGAGAGAACUUCGAACGCCCUGUCGCCAAAAUCAUCAGUGAAACUGGCCGUAAGAGCAGACACCCUGUCUUUGUUGUCGGUAUCUACUGUGGUCAGGAUAAGUUGGGCGAAGGCGCUGGCGCCAGUCUGAUGGAGGCCCGAUCGAGGGCUGCUGUGGCCGCCCUCAAGGGCUGGUAUUUGUACAGCCCGCUGAACGUUCGUGUGCCUAGCUCGAUGGAAGAAGAGGGCGCUGCGCCCUGGAAGCCUGUUUAUGUCGACUUGGGCGAGGUGAUUGUGUAAGAUAGAUUGGGCAACAAUCCGAUGCCAAUGUCGCGAUGGUGAUGUAUUAUUUUGACAUAAAUGACUGUCCAAGGGACAGUUCGACAAUCUUCUCCUUACUACUUGUUUGCAAGAUCAGGUGUUGUACAGUACGGGCAAAUCUAUUCUAUUCGUUCCAUGUCUUUCCUAUUUUGUCUAUUUUUCUUGUUGUCGUGCCGUUGUUUUGGUCAAAUCUCCCGAUUCUUUCUUCGCCUCCAGAGGUUGGACAUCGGAACACAAUGUGGGUAGGAAAUGGAUACUUACAUUAGCAGGUAUCAGCAUAUAGAAGUAUCCGAUAGACUCAGUCAGAAAUGUUACUAGACAGAAAUCGAGACAUC